AUGGUGCUCUCCAACCCUGUGCCAGAGGACGAUGGCUCUGAGUGGGAAUAUGAAUAUGACGACACAGCCACAGAGACAUUUUUUCUCAACAUCGACCUGACAACAUAUAACGGCCCCCUUCGACCUCCGCGGCGUCGCAAUGAACCCAACGAACCCUCUGCUUCGAUAUCAAGAACCUCUGUACCCACUCCAGCUCCUACAGCCACCCCCUCUCAUUCCAACGCGCAAGAUCCCACAAGCUUGAACGGCCCCGAGAUCGAAUCCGGGUCUGCCGACCGAGUCCAGAUUCUCGGUCUUCACACCCCCAACCCGAUCAUCUCGCACCAGAACCAAAUCUUCAGCGGCUCGUGGGCAGACCAACUCGGCACCGAAUUGAUUUUUGCGCCUCCUGGCGCAACAACCUCUGAGUUUGAUGAGGCGGACUCGACAGCCGCUCACGUCACCCCACUGAAACAUACCAAGGACUUUGACCUCAUAGCCGCCAACAGCGUCAAGAUAUUGGCUAGAAAGGCCAAUCUUAUAUCAAGUUCUGGCCCUGGAGCGGCUGCACCACAACCGCAACCCCAGGCUCAGGUACUGCAGCAGUGGCAGCCACAAAACUUAACCUCCACAUUAACUCCAGGCCUAUCAGGCCUUGUGUACAAGCCAGAGCAUCAGACGAACCAAGCCAAGUUCUUGGAGCGUUUAAAGGAGGUCAAGAGGCGCAAGGGCGAAACGGACAAUGUGCGCACUGUCUUCAGUUCAGCCAGGCGGGGUCCAACUCUCGAGGAUCGACUCCGUGGAUGGGUAAAGACAGACGAGCAACUGGCCACCAUCCAACACCUUAACGAGCGCGCCCUUCAGGGCGACUCGGAUGCCAUUGCGGAGCUGGAGAACCUUUAUUCCCAGCUUGGUAAUUCAGAUGCCGGUUCAUCCGAAACCCCAUCACGGUCUGUGUGA